AUGUCGAACCCUCUCGAUACCGAUGCUGGCUCUGAGCUCUUCACCUCAUACGAGGCUGAAUUCAAGCUCAUCCAAGCAGACCUGAACCAAAAGCUGGACCAGAUCCCUGAAUUAGCUGGUGAGCCUCGAAAAGCCGCUAUUAGCCAAGCCGAGCGGGCGCUGGAGGAACUUGAUGAGCAGCUCAGCGCAAUGCGCCUGGAAAAGCAAAACAUUCCCACCAGCUCUCGCACCAAGGUCAAUCAGCGCUUCCGAAACUACGAAUCAGACACAGAUGCCGCUCGUCGCAAGUUGACCACUCUCUCCUCCGAUCGCUCAGCACUCUUCGGAUCGCGAUACACAGACGACCCCGCUGGCUCAUCAGACAUUCACAUGGAGCAGCGACAGCAGCUACUCUCGGGAACCGACCGUCUUGAUCGAAGCACACAGCGAUUGAAGGCCAGCCAGGCCCUCGCCAACGAGACCGAAGCCAUCGGCGCAGGGACCCUAGCAGACCUCAACAGGCAGCGAGAAACCAUCGAGCACACCCGCGGCAUAAUGCUCGAGAGUGAGGGCUACGUGGACAGGAGCGUCAAGACACUCAGGGGCAUGGCGCGUAACUUCUUGUUCGAGGUGUUUGAGCUUGAGCCUCGAGCUACGUCUCGCAUUUCCCUCAUCUCCAAAAGCGAUAUUCGCUAUGUUGGCACUCUACAUGAAAUCAACUCGGACGAGUCGACAGUAUCACUUGAGAAUGUGAGGUCAUUCGGUACCGAAGGUCGCAAAGGCCGACCUGAAGAAGAGAUUGCCUCCUCCGACCAAGUCUACGAGUACAUUGUAUUCCGAGGCAGCGACGUGAAGGAUCUACGAAUUGAGGACCAUCCCAACAUCAAGGAGAACAAGCCUCCAGCUGUGCCCGAUGAUCCGGCCAUCGUUGGCGCUCGAGCUCGCCCUGGAGCCCAAGGGCCUAACCAAAAUGCUCCACCAGGAGGACCGGCUGCUUUCGGCCCAGGCCAAGGACCUUACCCACCCAACAACUUCUACGGAGGCCCACCACCAGGAAAUUGGGGUCGUGGUGCUCCAGGACCUGGCCCAGGCCCUAACUUUGGGAACAUGCCGUAUCCUCCUCCUCCUGGCUGGUUCCCUCCUGGUCAGGGAUUUCCGGGCGGCCCAGGUGGCCCCAACGGUCCCGGGGGUCCUGGAGGUCCCGCACCUUGGCAGAAUGAGUAUCAUGUUCCAUUCGCCGGUCCCGGUGCUCCUGGACCCAACGCACCCGUUGAAGUUGCCGCGAACCAACGAGCCACUUCAGGCUCUGGUCCCUCACAAGAUGCGAAGCCAGCUCCUAUUGGACCUGGCGCCGAUCGAGCCAAGCAAGCCACUCCCAGCGGACAGGCAGCACCUCCCACGGAACCCAAAUCGCUGGCUCAAGGCGUGCGACAGCUCUCUCAUGCCCCUACACCACCUGUCGAGUCGAAACCUUCGGUUGAGGAAGUCAAGCAGACUGCUGCGAGUCUAGCAGCCAAUGGCCAAGCAAAGCCUGAGGACAUCAGCAAGGCUACUCCUACUGGACCAAGGAAUCACCGGGUCAACCCUGUUAUUCCUUUGACGGGUUCUGCUGCCAAGCCCUUCUCUCUACCGGGCGCAGGAGGUGAUGCUGCCAGCAAGGCUCCGUCAGCCACUGCACCACCUAAUGUUCAGGAUGCCACCAACGCUGCUAGGGCUGCGGUCGCUGUUGCUAUGGCCCAACUGGGCAACAACAGUGGCAACGCUAUGGACAACUUGACGAACAAAGUCAACGAGAUGCGGGUCAACGCUGUCCGAGGGGGACCAACCAACAGAGGACGAGGCCGUGGUGGACGUCCUGCUGCCGCCAAGGUCGCUGUUCCCGACUCGGACUUCGACUUCGCCCAGUCUAAUGCCAAAUUCAACAAGCAAGAUGUUGUUAAGGAGGCUAUUGCCGGAUCUCCUCUGGAGACACCCGAAAACCCUGCUGUCACCGAGCAGCCCGAGAUCUCGACUACGACUGACGAUGCUGCUGUUGCCUACAACAAGUCGAGAUCGUUCUUUGACAACAUCUCCAGCGAAUCCAGAGAGCGAACCGAAAACGGAGGCCAGAAGCCCGGCGGUCGCGAAUGGAGGGGCGAGGAGCAGCGCAAGAACAUGGAGACCUUUGGUCAGGGCAGUGUUGAUGGUGCUUAUCGCAACUACCGUGGUCGAGGCCGUGGUCGUGGUCGGGGCGGUCGUGGCUAUGGCCGCGGUGGACGAGGUGGAAACCGUCCUCAGUAUCAAAACACGCCUGCUCAGCAAUAA